CAUUCACCAACACAAGACAACAUCAUUAGCACAAACCUCUACUUGUCCGUUUCUUACAGACCCCUGCACACAUGAGAAGGCUAAGCUCCAACUUCUCUUGGUUUUUAUCAAACUCAUGAUUUGGUUUUCCUUUCCUUUUCACCCUCCCAGGACAAAAAAUAAAAAAUAAAAAAUAAAAAAUAAAAAUCAUUAUUGUUUCUGAAAUAAUGGGUUUUUGUUUAUAACACGCGCUUAUUUCCUUUGAGAAAUUACUAGCAAAUAUGGUGGGAGUUGCUCGCAGCUAGCUUGCUCGAUCACCACCAAAUGAGUUGAUGAUUAUCUCCGAUAACACCUGUCACCUUUUUGCUUCGAGGGUUCAUUAUUUCUUUUAUAAUUCUUUUUUAACUUUUUCUCUCUUUGCCUUGGGGUGGUUUCUUUGGUUUCUCUCCUUCCUCUCCCUCUCUCUCUCUCUCUCUCUCUCUUUAUAACCUCACAUUCGUUAUGAUUUAAAGAUGAUGGAAGUAAUUAAAGGGUUUGUGGUGGUGAAUUUGAUGCAGUACCUACUGAUAUGAUGGAGUCGAUGGAGUCAUCUGUCCCACCCGGUUUCCGGUUUCAUCCUACGGACGAGGAGCUCGUUGGUUAUUACCUGAGGAAGAAAGUUGCGUCACAAAAGAUCGAUCUUGACGUCAUCAGAGAUAUCGACCUCUACAGGAUCGAACCAUGGGAUCUCCAAGAGAGAUGCCGGAUCGGUUAUGAGGAGCAAAAUGAGUGGUAUUUCUUUAGCCACAAGGAUAAGAAGUAUCCGACAGGGACAAGGACUAAUAGAGCAACCAUGGCCGGGUUUUGGAAGGCGACAGGCAGGGACAAGGCUGUAUAUGAUAAGGCUAAACUCAUUGGCAUGAGGAAAACCCUCGUCUUCUACAAGGGCCGUGCACCAAAUGGACAGAAAACUGACUGGAUCAUGCAUGAAUACCGGCUUGAAUCUGAGGAAAAUGGACCUCCACAGGAAGAAGGAUGGGUGGUAUGCAGAGCGUUCAAGAAGCGAACGACUAGCCAAAGCAAGAGCAUUGAAGGGUGGGACUCGGGCUACUUCUAUGACGAACCGAGUGGGGUGAGCUCGGUGGUGGAUCCGAUUGAUUUCAUCUCAAGGCAGCCUCAAAACUAUUUAUCACAGAAUUUCAUGUGUAAGCAAGAGAUAGAAGCGGAUAACUUGGGUGGUUUCAUGCAUUCUGAUCAGUUUGUUCAGCUUCCUCAACUAGCGAGCCCAUCGCUGCCAUUGAUAAAGAGGCCGCCGAGCUCAAUAUCUCUGAUAUCAGAAAAUAAUGAAGAAGAAUUAGAGCAAAUGAAUAGAGGUUGCAACAACAACAACAAGAAGGUGACUGACUGGAGGGCCCUUGACAAGUUUGUUGCUUCUCAAUUGAGUCAAGAAGAAAGAUUUGAGGGUGAUGGAGAAUCAAGCUUUGGCGCACAUGAUCAUCACAACUCGGAUAUGUCAUUGCUGUUAUUGCAGAGUAGUAGGGUCGACGAUGAAGAGAAGUUGAAUGGGUUCUUGAAUUCAAGCUCAGACUGUGACAUUGGGAUAUGCAUAUUUGAGAAAUGAAGGAAGGUAGAAUUAAGAGAGAUGAAGAGAUUUCUAUUUGUGGUAUUAUAAAUGUAUGAUGUUUUAUGGAUCUUGGAGAGAUAAAUAUUCUUGUAAAAUAUGCUUGUGAACGACUCAAUACAUCUCAUGAUCUCUCUCUC